UCCGCCGGAGUUUGUGUGGCCGCCGCCGCGGGAACGCGAGCCCGGUCAUUUCUCAACGGAGAAAGGCGAGGCUGUCGGGCUUGGCCGAGUGAGCGUGAGCGAGUAUCCGGCCCCAGCAGCUGUCUUCUGGCGUGACAGCCGGCAUGGAGGACCCACCGAACCAACAGCCCGGCGGCGAGGCCGUGGCUCCCGCGCAGCAGGAGUCGCCGCGGCCGGAGUCUGGGGAGGAGCCGCGGCUUCCGAAGCCUGAGAAAAAGCAACGGUGUAGAUAUGAUGGCCAAGAAACAAAAGGAUCUAAGUUCAUCACCUCCAACGCAAGUGAUUUCAGUGACCCAGUUUACAAAGAGAUUGCUAUUACGAAUGGUUGUAUUAAUAGAAUGAGUAAGGAAGAACUUAGAGCUAAACUUUCAGAAUUCAAGCUUGAAACAAGAGGGGUAAAGGAUGUACUGAAGAAGAGACUGAAAAACUAUUAUAAGAAGCAGAAGUUGAUGUUGAAAGAGAGCAGUUGUACUGACAGUUACUAUGACUACAUUUGUAUUAUUGACUUUGAAGCCACUUGUGAAGAGGGUAACCCACCUGAGUUCAUACAUGAAAUAAUUGAAUUUCCUGUUGUUUUACUGAAUACGCAUACCUUAGAAAUAGAAGAUACCUUUCAGCAGUAUGUGCGACCAGAGAUAAACUCACAGCUUUCUGAUUUCUGCAUCAAUCUUACUGGAAUUACUCAGGAUCAGGUAGACAGAGCUGAUACCUUCCCUCAGGUCUUAAAAAAAGUAAUUGACUGGAUGAAAUUGAAGGAAUUAGGAACAAAGUAUAAAUAUUCCAUAUUAACAGAUGGUUCAUGGGAUAUGAGUAAGUUUUUGAACAUUCAGUGCCAACUCAGCAGGCUCAAAUACCCUCCUUUUGCUAAAAAGUGGAUCAAUAUUCGAAAGUCAUAUGGAAACUUUUACAAGGUUCCUAGAAGCCAAACCAAACUGGCAAUAAUGCUUGAAAAAUUAGGAAUGGAUUAUGAUGGGCGGCCUCACAGUGGUCUUGAUGACUCUAAGAAUAUUGCCCGAAUAGCAAUUCGAAUGCUUCAGGAUGGAUGUGAUCUCCGAAUCAAUGAGAAAAUGCAUGCAGGACAGCUAAUGAGUGUGUCCUCUUCCUUACCGAUAGAGGGCACUCCACCUCCACAAAUGCCACAUUUUAGAAAGUAACAGCAUUUUUGUCUGUGGGAUCAUUCUAAUUGGAGUUGCUACGAAGAGGUAUUGGAUGAAUACUUGUUGAAUUAGUCCUGCAGUACAAACUUCAAGCACCUUAAACAUUAAAAAUCUUAUUACCGUAUAGUAGAUAGAUAAAUAUAUGUAUGUGGACAGAUUUUUGUGGGAGGACAUAUUAAAUUCUUUGUCACCAGCAUUUUUGAUAUGAGCAGUAUUUGUUACACAGUAACAAUUCCUGCUUAGAACAGAAUUUUAUAAUUUAAGGAGUCCAAGUUACAUUCCUUUUGGUUUUAAAAUGCAGAUUUUUAUUGGCUCUUCCCUUCAAUGUCAUAUCUUAUUGAUGUUAAAAUAUAGAAAGUAUAUCUACAUUAACAUCAUUAGAUUAAGUCAUUUCUUAAAAUGCAGAGAAGACUGGAAAAUAGGCCUUAUCUAACCUUCAGAUUUUGAGAAUAUCAUAGUCCUUUUGAUUUUUGAAGUUUAUAUGUGAAGUUCAGCUAUAUGUGGUGAAUUUCACAAGUACUUGUUACAUAUAUCUGCCUACAUUUCUUUUCAACUCAUAAUUGGAAGACUUGUGAAUAAAUUAAGGACCUGGUUAAAAAUUCAGUUACUGAUGGGUUUAAUGAAAAGUCAGAAGAAAAUGCUAUUUAAAGGAAUAUCACAAGGGUAGUAGCUCAAACUUUAUCAUACAUAAAUAAAUCAGUGGGUUUUUUUGGAUUUGGUUGUUUGAUUUCCUUCUGCCUUGGACAUACAUGUGUCCUAAUUCUUAAAUCUAAGAGACCAUGCUUUGAAAUAGACUUAUAAUUAAGGGUCACCACUUAAUUUUACAUUUGUAUUCAAUAUUGGAA